CGGCUAUCUCUUCCUCCACUGCCCUUCCUGCCUCUGCUAGGCCAAUGGAGCUAGGACCAGGAGGGGUGUGAACACCUAAACCACUGCCCUGAAACCAUGGGCAGUAAUUGCAGUAAGUCUGAUCCAGAUUAUGAUGCACUAGAGAAAGAAAGGCAAAAGAAACCCCGUCCCCCAGAGAUGAAGAAGCCUCCUGACAAUGAGCCAAUAGCCAUAAAGAUCCAGGCCUGGUGGCGGGGCGCCCUGGUGCGCCGGACCCUGCUGCACGCGGUGCUCAGAGCUUCGAUCAUUCAGCGGUGGUGGAGGCAGACGAUAGCGAAAUUGCUGGAAAAGAGGCGGCGGGCGGCCCUACUGUGCCAUGCGCUGCAAGCACAGGCAGCAGUCAAGUUGCAGUCCUGGGUUCGCAUGUGGCGCAUCCACCUUCGUUACUGCCGUUUGCUUCACGCUGCCCGCAUCAUCCAGAUUUACUGGCGUUGCCAUAGUUGCCAUACUCGUGGCUUUUUCCAUGGUAGCUAUGAACUCACUGCAAGCCAGCUGGAACUCGAGCUUGAGAUCCUUCUAGGGUCACAGAUUUGUCGCAUUACAGACUGCAUCCCCUUCCCAAUAAAGAACUGAUCAGGUCUGCUCCA